AUGGUCAGAGAAACGAAGCUUUACGACCAGCUAGGGAUCAGCCCCACGGCUACCCAGGACGAGAUCAAGAAAGCCUACAGGAAAGCCGCCCUAAAAUGGCACCCCGACAAGAACAAGGACAACCCGGAGGCUUCCGAAAAAUUCAAGGAGUGCUCCCAGGCGUACGAAAUCCUAUCGGAUCCCGAGAAACGCAAGACUUACGAUCAGUUUGGCCUUGAGUUCAUCCUGAGAGGUGGCCCGCCCCCGACCGAGGGAGGCGCAAACCCAUUUGCCGGUGCCGGAGGAGCCGGUGGAAUGCCCGAGGGCUUUGCUUCCUUCUUCGGAGGAGGAGGCAUGCCUGGCGGCGGAGGAGGUGCGAGAACAUUUUCCUAUGGAUUCAACUUUAGCAACCCCGAGGAUCUCUUCCGGGACGCAUUCCGUGAUGAAAAGAUGGGCGGCGGUGGUGGCAUGGGUGGCAUGGGCGGAAUGGGUUUUGAGGACAUCCUCUUUAAUGCUGCGCGUGUUGAACGCCCCUUGCCCGUAUCCCUUGAGGAUCUGUUCAAGGGCACGACGAAGAAGAUGAAGAUCAAGCGCAAGACCUUUGACGAAACCGGCAAGCGCACGACGAGCGAUACGGUCUUGGAGGUACCCAUCAAGCCCGGUCUCAAGAAGGGCAGUAAGAUUCGGUUCAAGGGUGUUGGCGACCAAGAAGAGGGUGGCCAGCAAGACUUGGUCUUUAUCGUUGAAGAGAAACCGCAUCCACUCUACACUCGUGACGGCAACGACCUCCAUCACACUAUCGACUUGGACCUCAAGGAGGCAUUGACAGGGUGGAAGAGAACCGUCACCACAAUCGACGGCAAGAACCUUAACAUUGAGAAGGCCGGCCCGACACAACCUGGGAGCACAGAUGUAUACCCCGGCCAGGGCAUGCCCAUCUCCAAGCAACCAGGCCAACGGGGCAACUUCAUUGUCAAGUACAAUGUCAAGUUCCCCACCACCCUGACGGCUGAUCAAAAGCAAAAGCUGAGGGAGAUCCUCUAA